UCGUUGUCUCUAAACCACCAAACGGCCAAACAUUGCGCGCGGAGCGGACCACCAUUCUCACUCGCAGUCGCAAAAUCCUCCAGCCAAACCCCAAACGCUCACAGCUCCGGAUCCCACGCCCAAACGCAAAACCAUAUAAAACGGGACGCAACCACCAAAUAACUAGAUCUGCCUAAUUUUUUUCUUCAGCUUCUCGGAUCUUUCACCAUGUGGCGUUCUCUAUGGCGAUCUAUCGAUCGCUUCUCUCUUCAACACUUCAAGCAUGUGAUUAAUGAAUUGCGAAAGAUCAGAGUUGUGGAUAAGCAUAACAGGGAAUUAGUUAUAGAUCUUCUGCAGUCUGUAGCAGAGAUAGUUACAUAUGGUGAUAGACAAGAUCCACUAAUCUUUGAAUGUUUUAUGGAAUACCAACUUUUGGCAGAGUUUGUUCGAGUGCUAAAGAUCAGCAGAAAUUCAAGAAUUGAGGCACCAUUACUUCAGUAUCUUAGUAUAAUGAUUCAAAACAUGGAUAGUGAACAUGCAAUUUACUACUGUUUGAGCAAUGGCUACAUCAACAGCAUUAUAUCACAUGAAUACAAAUUUGAUGGGGGAGAUCUGGCUCCAUAUUAUAUAUCUUUCCUAAGAGCAGUGAGCAGCAAAAUAAACAGAGAUACGCUAUGUCUUCUUGUAAAGGUUGAUGGGGAUGUUGUAGUCUCUUUUCCCCUAUAUAGUGAGGCUCUUAAAUUUGCUCAGCAUGGGGAAAAGAUGAUUCAGACAGCUGUGCGUGCAUUAACUCUGAACAUAUAUAAUGUUAGUGAUGAUAUGGUUUAUCAGUUUGUUUCAACUCCUCCUGCUUCAAAUUACUUCUCAGACUUGGUUCAUAGCUUGAAAGAGCAAUGUGUUCAUCUAGAUAGCCUUGUCCUUGCCACAGUGGGUACAUGCACUGACCAGAAAAGAAAGGAACUACUUCUAGAAACAGAUAAAAUUGUUGAUGAUUUGUACUACUUUAAGGAUAUUCUUUGUGUUGGUGAAUCUCGUUUGAGUGAUGUGGUUACCCAGAAUCUUCUUAACUUGUUUGUAUUUCCCAUAUUGCUUCCAUUACUUCAACUGAGGAGGAAUGAGGGUUCAAAUCUAUCUGCCAUCACUUCUCUGUAUAUAGUUUCUCUUCUUCUUGAAGUAGUUGGUGGAAAAACCAUAACUAAUGCUGUGGCUGAGAUUGUUCUAUACCCUUUUAUGUCAAGUUUGAGAGAUACUAUUGAAGGCAGUACAGAAAAGUUGUUUUCCAACCAUCUGAAUAAUGUGCAUAAAUUAGUGUACUCGGGCUCUGAGUAUGGAGGAGGGGGAAUCAUCAAUGGGAAUCUUUGUGGCAAGCCUGUACCAUCCUAUUCUCAUUCCAUAAACUUCUCUGUGGAUGGGAGUGUAUGUCAAGAAAGGGGUGGAAUACUGGCAUUUGUUUUCUCUGAAAAUCACAGUCUUCUGUUAGCAUCUUUGUUUUUAUUGUUUACUUUAGCUGGAAGUAAAGAUAUUGAGCAUUUACUGGCCUCUAUGAUUGGACUACAUGCCAUGCAGUGCAGGAUGGAUCAUGACAUCUCAGCUUCACAAGUAGUUGACAAAAUUAUCUUUGUAGCAUUUAUGCCACAGAUUUUAAAUUCAUUAUUGAAGGUUUUAGCAAGUGAACCACCAACCCCUGUACAAAUACAAUGGCAUACUGGGUGGUUCUUGCAGAAGCUACUAGUCUUACAAGGAAAGAAGCUUGAUGAUCAUAAUUUGCAAUUGUUCAAUACCUCAUAUAAGCAGUCCCGUGAACGUUUUCAGAAAGAACUUGAUGGAUGCUGGUUUGACUGUAUGCUGGACACUUUAAGAAACGAAUGGACCAGCUGUAAAGCAGCCCUUGAGAAACCAUCUCAAUCCAAAGAUCUACUUUUCAUGCUAGAACAUGCUGUCUUCCAGGAAAUUGCUGCAGGCAAUGCAACAUCAGCUUAUUUUUCUUGGCAGAGAAUGGUUGACAUAGUGAAGGCUUUUAUUCUCCAUGUUCAGUUGAAGGCUUUUAUUUGCAAAGGAGAAUUGCUUGAAAACCCUUUGCUAGCUUCUCUGAGCAGCCCUACGGGUUCUGGAAUAACCCAUGCUUUAGAUCUUUCAACUGCAAGUUUUGGGUCAGAGAUCUCCUUAGGAGCUGGGAUCUCUUGUAGGAUUGCCUUUUCGAAUGCUGGAAUUAGGGAUAUUUACUUAAUACCUUUGGCAUGUGAAACAUCUGGGAAAUUGCUGCUUGCAGAGAAACAUCCCUUUCGCAGUCAACGAGGAGUUAUAAUUGCCAUAGCUCCAUUAGCAGAGUUAAGUCCCAAGAUAGAUGAGGAUCAUCCCACAUGGUUGCAUCUCAGAACAAGAGAGUUUGACCCAAAAUUAAAUGCAAGUAAAACCAGAGGAUACAACUUAAAAGGGUUGAAUCAUGCUGCAGAGGGAAGAUGGACCCUUGGUUUUCCAAAUACAAAAGCUUGUGAGGCUGCUCGAUUGGCCAUACUCGAGCAAAUUAAUAAGCAGAAAUCAUGUGUCAGAAGCACACUUGCACCACUGCUACAAGACAAUUCAGAUUGUAGUGAUGAGGGAAGCUCUAAUAUGAGGAUAUGUAGGUAAGUUGAACUCCCAAUCUAAUUUCUCUGAAAAUUUUGUUAAUGUAGCAUAUGCCUCUGCCGCACCGUAAGCUUAGUGGUCAUUUAGUCCUACAAGAAGUUAUUUUAUUCCUUGUAAUAAUUCAAUAAAGACAGGAGGACGAAGGUACAAAUGCAUGCUAGCUAAUUUCAGGUAGGCAAUCUGAUUCAUCCUCAUGCAGCCAUAUGCAGAUCUAUCAUGCGUGUACUGUGUCUGCUGACCAGUAACUAGUUAGUAUCCUAUUAUUGUAAGGCGACUAAUAUUCCAUCUGGGUGUUUACUGGUUGCUGGUUAUAAAGUGAAAAAAAUGGUUCGUCUUUA